AUGUCUCCUUUGCUAGUCACCUCGUCGCUCUCUCGUCGCCCCACGGCUCGCCGUGUUCCAACGCUACCAUGGAUUUCACGCCUAAUCAUCCUCACCGCAUGCAUCGCGUCUACCACCGCCGUUCUCCUACCCCCGGAGGUUCACCCGCCCGAAAUCACUCCACCAGUCCUUCGCUCUGUCGGAGAUAACCUCGUCGCCAAUGUUGCGACGUCGACCUUGUCCACAGACGAGUCAGAGCUCCGGAGGCGUCAACGUCAAAACGACAAUGACGAGGACGACGAUCGCUCCGCCGCCCCUUCUAGCCUCGCCUCUACAGAUGCCACAGGUACCACGGGAGUCCCAAGCGCCGCUUCGACCUUGGUUCUGUCCAUCACCCCGCCGACUCCGAGCUCGACAGAGGCACCGGCGCCGUUGCCUUCCCCCUUCGACACCGUCAUGGCGUCCACCUUCACUAGCAAUGAGGAGACGCAAUGUCCGGCGUUUCUGAAUGCCUUGCUCGCGGAUCCGGAGUUCAAGAAGUGCUACCCGAUAUCCAUGCUGCUUCAGGGCUCCUAUUCGUUUUUCAACGCAGCCAGGACCUUGGUCAGCAUUGUCCGGGUGCUCGACGCAGGAUGCGAGGCCGACGUCAACUCCUGCAAGACCUUCCUCGGCAACGCCGCCCAGGCGCUCAUCCAAAGGGAAAACUGCGGUCCGGACUACGAGAGGAGCCACCCGGUCGUGCGGCAGGCCUACCUAGGCCUGACCACCUACGAGAUGCUGUACGCCGCGACGUGCCUGCAGAACCCGGAGACGUCCAUGUACUGCUACGCCAGCGCCGUCACCAACCAGACCAACGCGUCCAACGUCUACUUCUACCUCCUGCCCCUCAACAUGAGCCUUCCCGGGAGCGCCACGCCGACGUGCAACUGGUGCCUGGGGGAAACCAUGGCCAUCCUGCAGGCCGCGUCGGCGGACCGGGCCCAGCCCAUCGCGAAUAGCUACGAGAGCGCCGCGAGGCAGGUCAACACGGUUUGCGGGCCCGAGUUUGUCAACGAGACGUUGCCGGAACCGAGUGAGAACCUGGCCGGGCUGCAUCUGCCGCCUUGGACGUUUGCCGUGACGGCUGUGGCGCUUGCGAUUCCUUUCCUGCUCUUGUAA